GGUACCUCACAUGUUUACAGUUAUCUUCAUCCUCGGAGUGGAACCUCAGACGCUUCUACCACUUAAGCAAAACGUGCAUUCUGAAGAUAUUAUCGAUGUUCCAUGGUGAAAACGAUUCUUCUACAUACAGGGGAAUCUUACUUUCACUUGAAAGGCUGUUGUGAGGAAGAGGGGUAACUAAAUCAGGCUGAAGGAUGAAGUCUAAAGCGAAGGUCGCUAAGUCAUGCAGAAAACCCUGGACCGAGCCAGACCUGGACCAUGAACCAGAGAACAGAGAACCAGGCACCAGCGAACAGGAGGGCUCUGAGGCCUCGGUCCGUAUUGGAGGCUCCUGGAGAGGCGUUCUGAGGGGCGGGGACCGCGAGCGAGGCGGAGGCGGUGGCACCACCCACGGCCCCCACAGAUACAGACGGUCUCACAACAGCAACAAAGAACGCAACGUCCGGCGGCUGGAGAGCAACGAGCGGGAGCGCCAGCGCAUGCACAAACUUAACAACGCCUUCCAGGCUCUUAGAGAGGCCAUUCCACAUGUCAAAAUGGACAAAAAGCUCUCCAAGAUCGAGACGCUGACGUUGGCUGAGAACUAUAUCAAGUCCCUGACCUCCAUCAUCCUGGGGAUAUCUAGCGCCCGCCUGCCUCCUGGUGAGACACCGACAGAGGCUAGUGCUGCCAGACUGCUCCAGUGUUACCAGCAGCACCUGGAGGAGGACGGGGAUGAGAGCCUGUCUCAGUUCCUCACCCAAAUCCACAGCUUCAGCCAGGAGAGCUAACAGCUAGCCUCAGUUACUCACCCAGAUCCACAGCUUCAGCCAGGAUAGCUAACAGCUAGCCUCAGUUCCUCACCCAGAUCCACAGCUUCUGCCAGGAGAGCUAACAGCUAGCCUCAGUUCCUCGCUCAGAUCCACAGCUUCAGCCAGGAGAGCUAACAUCUAGCCUCAGUUCCUCACCCAGAUCCACAGCUUCUGCCAGGAGAGCUAACAUCUAGCCUCAGUUCCUCAUCCAGAUUCAAAGCUUCAGCCAGGAAAGUUAAUAGCCAGCAGGUGCUAACUCCACAGACAAAGAGUUGAAGCAUCCAGGCUUGACUUGGGGAGCGAAUCUCAACUGAAACCCUAUCUACCAUAUUGUACACUGCUACUCUACUUAUGACCAUGGCCAAAAGUAGUGCACAGAUUGGGGAAAGGGUGUCAUCUGAGAUGCAGCCUUAUACUCCGACAAGCUAGUGAGCUAUAGUGACAUACCUGACCAUGCACUAAAUGGAGCACACAAGAAGGUGAGGUGAUUUGAAGCACUGUACCCUUGACAUUCAUUCUCAGAAACGUAAUGGUGGAGUACAAGUGAAGACAGACAGUCAGGCAGCCUGUGGACUAUGUCAGAUUAGACAAAGGCCUAGCCAGAGCUGUGACAGACAGAAUCCCCAAAGGACCAUGAUAUAACUUCUAGAACAGGGGAACUUAAAGUUCAUCUCACGUGGGAUUCUGAAUCUGAUAUGUGGUGAGAACCAAGUCAAAGAACAUUCCAGCGCCAUUUAAUCUGUUUUCUUAAUUUUUUUAUGUCAUUUUUCCUAGCUGGCGAUUAACUGUAGUUACCUGAUUGGUCAGAAAUAUAAAAUAACUGAUUGUUAAAGUAUAGUUCUCCAGCAUGCACUGUAGCCCACAGGGGCCCAAGCUGUGUAUAUAGGACAGGCCACCCCUGCUGUAGAUAGGACAGGCCACCCCUGCUGUAGAUAAAUAAAUGUUUUCAACCUUUUAGGAACAAUGUUUGUUUUCCCAGCUGAGCACUACCUCUGGACACAACAGUCACAUACAGGACAAGGAUAUGCGUACCUAUACUGGUCCCACAGACCGCCUCUCGACACAACAGCCAAGUACAAGACAAGGAUAUAAUUCCCUAUACUUGUCCCACAGACUUUAGUCAAAUACUGUACUGUUUAAGGAAGGGAAAGAAUACACACUGUAAUUUAAACGAAGGGUAAAUUAUUUGAAACAUAUUUGUAUGUAUAUAUUUUAUUUGGGGGUGGUUGACACAGUUAUUAAAUUGCAGAGUGGAAGACAGGUAAGUGGGACAAACAGUUUGAAGGGUUGGAGCAGGGAAUUGAACUCAUGCCUCUGGUGGGAAGAGGAAGCCAGCAGUGUUAUCGCAAGAUACAGGAUCUACACAGAGCCAUAUGUGUACAUGUCAAAAUGUACAGUAUGUGUUGAACAAGUUGUUUUACCUCCAUGACCCUAUGGUAUCUUGUGUUUUUAUGGUUCUGGGACAUGGAUGUCUGUAGCUCAGUUAGUAGAGUUGGUAGAGCAUGGGGCUUCCAAUGCCAGGAUAGUGGGUUCAAUUACCACUUGUACACAGAAAGUAUGCAAUCAUGACUGUAAAUUACCUGGAAUAAAUGCAUCAGCUAAAUGGCA